AAAAAGUUCUUAAUUUUUUAUCCUUUCUGGCAAAGUUCUCUGCUUUUCGGUUCUUGAGCUCUUUCUCUCUCUCGAGCUAAGCGCGCACACACACACGAGCGGGCUCGAUUCCUCAUUCCAACCCUUUUGCACCUUUACUCGUCUUCUCCUUCUUCUAGAUCGUUUGACCCUUUUCACUACCGUUUUGUAAGUUAAAAAAGAACAUAAAAUAACUGUGUGUUUUGUCUGAUCUAUUUCUUGUCUGAAGAAUUCAACGCGGUUUUGAACUGGUCAAAAGUCUCAGAUUGAGAUUAAAUCAAACAAGAGGAGGCUUUGGUUUUAUGGUUUUUGUCUGAAACACUGAAAUGGGUUGUGGGGUUUCCAAGUUCUGUUGCGGUUCAGAGCCUGAAAGAUCCAAUCAUGGAGUCACUUCCUCUGGUGUUGGUGAUAGGAUAGGUGGUGAAGGGAAUGAUCUGCCUCAGUUCCGUGAAUUCUCUAUAGAGACGCUAAGGAAAGCUACAUCAGGUUUUGCUACAGAGAAUAUAGUAUCAGAGCAUGGUGAGAAAGCUCCUAAUGUUGUCUACAAAGGGAAGUUGGAUAAUCAGAGACGUAUUGCUGUCAAGAGGUUUAACAGGAAAGCUUGGCCUGAUUCUCGUCAGUUCCUGGAGGAAGCUAAAGCUGUUGGGCAGUUAAGGAACUAUAGGAUGGCUAAUCUGCUUGGAUGUUGUUAUGAAGGUGAAGAGAGACUUCUUGUUGCUGAGUUUAUGCCUAAUGAAACCUUGGCUAAGCAUCUUUUCCACUGGGAAUCACAGCCGAUGAAGUGGGCAAUGAGACUAAGAGUAGCUUUACAUAUUGCUCAAGCUUUGGAGUACUGUACAGGCAAAGGGCGUGCACUCUACCAUGACCUUAAUGCUUAUAGAGUUCUCUUUGAUGAUGACUCGAAUCCAAGGCUUUCUUGCUUUGGUCUGAUGAAAAACAGUAGGGAUGGUAAGAGUUAUAGUACCAACCUUGCUUUCACUCCCCCUGAGUAUCUCAGAACAGGUCGGGUGACACCAGAAAGUGUGAUGUACAGUUAUGGAACUCUGUUGCUUGAUCUUCUUAGUGGAAAACACAUUCCUCCAAGCCAUGCGCUGGACCUCAUAAGGGACAGGAACAUUCAAAUGUUGAUGGAUUCAUGCUUAGAGGGUCAGUUUUCAAGCAGUGACGGGACUGAACUUAUACGGUUAGCGUCUAGAUGCUUGCAGGAUGAGCCUCGUGAACGCCCUAACCCAAAAUCUCUUGUCACUGCAAUGAUCCCUCUUCAAAAGGAUCUUGAGACUCCUUCACAUCAACUGAUGGGAAUACCAAGCAGUGCCUCAACAACUCCUCUUUCACCGCUUGGAGAAGCGUGUCUAAGAACUGAUCUAACUGCCAUACAUGAGAUUGUUGAGAAACUUGGAUAUAAAGAUGAUGAGGGUGCAGCCACAGAGCUUUCGUUCCAGAUGUGGACCAACCAGAUGCAGGACUCGCUCAACUUCAAGAAAAAGGGUGAUGUUGCUUUCAGGCAUAAAGACUUUGCAAAUGCUGCUGAAUGUUAUUCUCAGUUUAUAGAGGGCGGGACAAUGGUUUCACCAACUGUGUAUGCAAGGAGAAGUCUGUGUUACCUAAUGAAUGAUAUGCCACAAGAGGCACUGAACGAUGCAAUGCAAGCCCAAGUGAUAUCUCCUGCUUGGCAUAUUGCAUCUUAUCUUCAAGCUGUUGCUCUUUCGGCUCUAGGACAAGAGAACGAAGCUCACGCUGCUCUUAAGGACGGAUCAAUGCUCGAGAGCAAAAGAAACGCCCUAUGAUGAUGGUAACAAGAAAGCACAAAGAUUGUUUAUCUAUCUUUCUUACAUUAACCGAAACACACCGCAUAGGGUUUGCAGAAUCAGAUCAAAACCCACUAUCAUCCUCAUAAGUAGAUAAGCUACCAAACAGUUAUCAUCAUCACCAUCGCUCUAGUUGUUCCCUUUACCUUGUUCUUUCUUUCUUUCCAAGUACUUGAAGCAUUCAUUUGGUCUCGUUUUUGUUUUCAACUGGCAUGACACUUCCCUGUUAUACAUAAAGAAAAAAAAUUGCAUGUGUUGAAUCUUUUGAUGGAGAUUUGAUUAUAGAUUUGGGAAUGGUGUGAUUGUGGAUUUUCUUUGAUGGGUUCCAUUAUUUUGUAAUCAAUGUUUUGUAAUAAUAAAUAACAUGUUUGUAAAGAGAGCACUUUGUGUUUUUUUUUUUACUUUUGAUGAUCUUUUGUUUGAACUUUGCAAUAUCAGAGAUGUUCUUGUU